UCGAAUCACGAGGAUCUUGGAUCUGGAAUUUGUUAUAUUUCUUUCUGUUGGGAUUCGAAUUCCUGUCUGGGUCUGUAUUCCGCUGUCUUCUCGGAUGCUACGGUUUGUCGAUGUCUUCGAAGUGGAGCGAAAUGCUCUGUUUUGUUAGUUAGUGAGCUGAUUUGGAGCUUCCGGAUGUAGUGAGAUACAUAUAAAAGUACAGGUCGCUUUGAGUCGUCACCAUGGCCACCGGACAACUAUUCUCGCGCACUACACAAGCCUUAUUUUACAACUACAAACAACUCCCUAUUCAGCGGAUGCUUGAUUUUGACUUCCUUUGCGGGAGGGAAACACCGUCAGUUGCCGGAAUCAUUAACCCUGGUGGCGAUGGAUUUCAGAAACUCUUUUUCGGUCAAGAAGAGAUUGCUAUCCCUGUGCACUCAGCCAUUGAGGCAGCUUGUGCUGCCCAUCCUACUGCUGACGUCUUUAUCAACUUUGCGUCAUUUAGAAGUGCUGCUGCUUCAUCCAUGGCUGCUCUGAAGCAACCAACCAUUCGAGUUGUUGCUAUUAUUGCUGAAGGUGUUCCAGAGUCAGACACAAAGCAAUUGAUUGCAUAUGCUCGGGCAAAUAAUAAGGUUGUUAUUGGCCCAGCUACUGUUGGAGGCAUUCAAGCUGGGGCUUUCAAGAUUGGUGACACUGCUGGAACUAUUGAUAAUAUAAUUCAUUGCAAGCUAUACAGGCCUGGAUCUGUUGGUUUUGUCUCCAAAUCUGGUGGGAUGUCUAAUGAAUUAUACAAUACGGUUGCCCGUGUUACCGACGGAAUUUAUGAAGGUAUUGCAAUUGGAGGAGACGUUUUCCCUGGAUCCACUCUUUCUGAUCAUGUUUUGCGGUUUAACAACAUCCCACAGGUUAAAAUGAUUGUUGUACUUGGGGAACUUGGUGGGCGAGAUGAGUAUUCGCUAGUGGAAGCCCUGAAGCAGGGCAAAGUAUCCAAACCAGUGGUUGCUUGGGUUAGUGGAACCUGUGCACGGCUCUUCAAAUCUGAAGUACAGUUUGGACAUGCUGGGGCUAAAAGUGGUGGUGAGAUGGAGUCUGCUCAAGCCAAAAAUCAAGCACUAAGAGAAGCUGGAGCUGUUGUACCCACAUCAUAUGAAGCCUUAGAAGUUGCAAUUAAGGAAACUUUUGAGAAACUGGUUGAAGAGGGAAAGACUACACCGGUAAAGGAAGUUCAUCCUCCACAAAUACCGGAGGAUCUUAACACUGCCAUCAAGAGUGGAAAAGUUCGCGCUCCAACUCAUAUUAUUUCCACCAUCUCUGAUGACAGGGGUGAGGAGCCAUGCUAUGCUGGUGUACCAAUGUCUUCCAUUGUUGAGUCAGGUUAUGGUGUUGGUGAUGUUAUUUCUCUUUUGUGGUUCAAACGCAGCCUUCCACGUUACUGCACACAAUUUAUUGAGAUAUGUAUCAUGUUGUGUGCCGACCAUGGUCCUUGUGUCUCUGGUGCUCACAACACUAUAGUAACAGCAAGAGCUGGAAAGGACCUUGUUUCCAGUCUAGUCUCAGGUUUGCUUACAAUUGGUCCCCGAUUUGGUGGUGCCAUUGAUGAUGCUGCUCGAUACUUCAAGGAUGCUUAUGACCGGGGUUUGACACCUUAUGAGUUUGUUGAAAGCAUGAAAAAGAAGGGCAUUCGUGUACCCGGAAUUGGGCACAGGAUCAAGAGAGGCGACAACAGAGACAAGAGAGUGGAGCUGCUUCAACGCUUUGCACGCACGCAUUUCCCUUCUGUAAAGUACAUGGAAUACGCUGUGCAAGUUGAAACCUACACCCUCUCAAAGGCAAAUAACCUGGUGCUCAAUGUGGAUGGAGCAAUUGGGUCCCUUUUCUUGGAUCUCCUUGCUGGCAGUGGAAUGUUCACCAAGCAAGAGAUUGAUGAGAUUGUUGAGAUUGGUUAUCUGAAUGGACUCUUCGUGCUGGCCCGCUCCAUUGGUCUGAUUGGGCACACCUUUGACCAGAAGAGAUUGAAGCAGCCACUAUACCGCCACCCAUGGGAAGAUGUUCUCUACACCAAGUGAGAGGCAUUUCAGUUUGUGGGGGGACUAGCGGCAUUGACUUGCUUUCAACUAGCAUUUUUCUUUCCAAGUUUCUGCAUUCUGCUGAAAUGAUUCUCCGGUUAUUAGACUAGCGUUGGUACUUCUAAUGUCAAGUUGAGUAUCUUCAUUUUGUAAGCUGUAUCAAAAUCCAAAAGAGUGUACGCUCAGAUAAAUUGUUAAACAAAGUUACGUUUUAAUUAAAUAUUAUAUCCUCCUGAUUUGUGUCUGGUA